AUGACUAGUCCAUACCCAACCAAUGGGCACGCCGGCAACGGAGCAGCAGGAGCACCACACGAAGUCUCCAUCGGCGUAGGCACCGUCUACGACCAAUCCGCCUUCGGUUCCGACCCUUACUCUCGAGUACCCACGGACGACUCGUUAAACCCUACACCUUCACGAUCACACUACUUUCUCUCCAGAGAUGAGAUCCUCAAAGGAGUAGCGAAUCGGUUUGUACAUUCGAGCGCGUAUCUGUGGUUUUACGCUGGAAUGGCACUCGCUUCGCUCCUUACGGUGGUCAUCAGUCUCACGUCCGAAUGCCCCGGUUCGCUUUUCUACGGUCUCGAGCUGGCCAUCAACCUGCUCCUCAUCGCCGAAGUAGGAAUCAGACUAGUGGCGUUCGGAAAACAGUUCUGGAAAAGCACAUACAACGUUGUUGAUCUCGGACUGGUGUUGUUAUGCGCGAUCACGUUGCUGGUCAUUUUCUUCCAUCACGAAUGCUCGCCUUUCCGUCGGUCGCCGAGCUAUCCAGAUGACGAUGUGCCGACACAAGGCAGGUCGGGCAAAAGCGAAGAGCUGCUGGAUUCGAUUUUGCUGAUUGGAAGAAAUGUCGUGCAGGCUUUGAGGCUGGUGUCGAUCGUCAGGAGGUCCAGAAGCAACGUUACCAGCAGGCCGACGAGGAUCGAGAUCGGGAACCGGCCGUAUUCGCUCGAUCUGGAUUUGGAGGAUGAAGGCGCAAUGGCGAGGGAUAGGAUCAGGAUAGGCGAGGAAGAAAGGGCCCCGCUCUUCGAUGCUGAUGAUGACGAGUUGUAG